UCGACGACGCGAUCUGGAGGAGAGAGACAGAUGCGUGGGCGGGGUUGUCUGUAGUUAGGGUUUAUGUAUACGAGAUGCCGGCGAAGUUUACGUACAAUCUGUUGCGGCUUUUUCGGGACACGUACAAGGAUACCUCUAAUUCAACUUCGAAUGGGAGUCCUGUUCAUCGCUUAAUCGAGCAGCAUUCCAUUGAUUAUUGGUUAUGGGCAGAUUUGAUUGCGCCACAAUCAGAGAGGCUUUUGAAAAAUGUUAUCAGGGUUCAUCAGCAAGAAGAGGCAGACUUGUUCUAUAUACCAUUUUUCACAACAAUUAGCUACUUUUUGCUGGAGAGACAACAGUGCAAAGCACUUUAUAGGGAAGCCUUGAAGUGGGUAACUGAUCAGCCAGCAUGGCAACGAUCUGAAGGGAGGGACCAUAUUCUUCCGGUUCACCACCCAUGGUCUUUCAAGUCCGUACGGAGAUAUAUGAAAAAGGCAAUUUGGCUUCUCCCUGAUAUGGACGCCACUGGGAACUGGUAUAAGCCUGGCCAGGUUUGGCUUGAGAAGGACCUUAUCUUGCCAUAUGUUCCUAAUGUCGAUUUGUGUGAUGCCCAAUGUUUACGUGAAUCUCACUCUAAACGAAGUACAUUACUUUUCUUCCGGGGAAGGCUUAAAAGAAAUGCUGGGGGCAAAGUUAGAAGCAAACUAGUAGAAAUUCUACAAGAUGCUGAGGGUGUUAUAAUAGAAGAGGGAACCGUUGGAGUGGCUGGGAAGGAAGCUGCUCAGAAUGGCAUGCGCAAAUCCCUAUUUUGUUUGAGCCCAGCUGGCGAUACACCAUCUUCUGCUAGGCUGUUUGAUGCUAUUGUGAGUGGAUGCAUACCUGUUAUAGUUAGUGAUGAAUUGGAGCUUCCAUUUGAAGGACUAUUAGAUUAUAGAAAGAUAGCCUUUUUUAUUUCUUCAAGCGAUGCUGUACAAUCUGGUUGGCUUGUAAAAUUUCUCAAGAGUAUUAAUUUGAGGCAAAUCGAAGAAAUGCAGAAAAACCUUGAAAAGUAUUCGAAACAUUUCCUCUAUUCAAGUCCAGCUCGGCCACUUGGAGCAGAGGACUUCACCUGGAGAAUGAUUGCUGGUAAAUUGUUGAACAUCAAGUUGCAUAUACGGCGGUCACAGCGACUGGUGAAAGGAUCAAGGAAUCUAUGCACUUGUGAAUGCCGGCCUGUUAAUUCUACUUCUGUUCCCUGACGAAUAAUUGUUAUUAUUACUAUCAUUUUCGUGGGUUUAAUCGGCUGUUUUGGGGCCUUUGUCUUCUUAAAAUAUAACGUUGUUGAUUGUGAAAAGCUGUUUUAUAUAUAUAAGUUUUUACUGCAUUAUUUGAAUUAAUGAACCUCUCCAACUAUAAAUGUA